UUAAUAGAAUUUUUCAAUUAAAUCGUUAAAUUUUCAUCUCAAAAAUGAGACUGUUCAUAAAAAUCGGAAAAGUAUUACGUCUGUAUGUUGGUGUAAACCAUUAUAAAACUAAGGUUGAACAACCUUAAUCUUAGCGACAAAUUCAAACUAAUAAUAUUUCAAUAUGACUACGUCGGUUCAGUAGAUCACUACAUUAUCGAUAGAGUUUUUAAAAGUGCAUCGUUUAAUGCUUAAUGAUACGUCCAGAACUUUAGCAUAUAAGAAUGCUAUACUUAAUUAUGCAGACAAAUUCAAAGACAAAAUAGUUAUUGAUGUUGGUGCUGGGACAGGUGUUACAAGACCGUAUAUUGUCUAUUUUCUGUGCUCAGGCUGGUGCAAAAACAGUAUAUGCAGUAGAAGCCAGCGAAUUGGCUAAAUUGUCCGAGGAAGUAAUUAUCGAAAAUAAUUUGGAAAAUGUAAUUAAAGUGAUCCAUAGUAAGAUUGAAGAUCUUGAUCCAAAUGUUAUUCAAAAAGCAGAUAUAAUAGUCUCAGAAUGGAUGGGAUUUUAUUUAGUACACGAAGGAAUGUUAGAAUCUUUAUUAUUUGCAAGAGAUAAUUUCUUACGCAAAGGAGGAAUCUUAUUUCCGUCGAUAGCUAAAUUGUAUGCUUCUCCGUGUCAAUUAUCAUCAAUGUUCCAAUUUUGGGACAACGUUUUUGGAGUCAGUAUGAAAUGUAUAGGAAAACACUAUCGAGAGACUAAAUCAACGAAACCAGAAAUAGUAUCAAUAAAUCAGGAUGAUAUUUUAGCGGAUAGUAAAUUAAUAGCAUGGUUAGACUUGCAAAGCAUUAUUUUAUCAGAAAUAAAUACUUUGGGAAAUGAAGAAUAUGUAUCCAUUUGUAAUAAGGAAGGAAUAUUACAAGGAAUUUGUAUCUGGUUCUCAGUUGAAUUUCCAGACGGUUCAGAAUUAUCUACAGGACCGUUAGAUAAAUCAACACAUUGGAAGCAAACUGUAAUUGUAUUGCCUAUGGAUGUAAAAGUAGAAAAAAAUGAACCCGUGGCAUUUAAUUUAGAAUUAACAAAGGACACCUCAAAAGAAAGAGAAUAUAACAUAAAAUUAAUAUUGUUAGAUGCUGCUGAAGUUGAACACGAAAUUCCAUGUUAUUGUUAUAUGACUAAGUGUAUUGUAACAAGAAAAUAUUUAGAAGAACAAUCAAAUGGUAUCAUAAAAGGCUGAAAUUGUUUGCAUAUAAGAUGAUUAUGCAAGUCCUAUUAUAAAAGUCUUUUUUUAUUACUUAUAUUGCUAAUAUAACAUAAUAUUAUAUAAAUAUACAAUAUGUAUUAAUUGUAAAUAAAUGAAAAUGAAUAGAUAGAACAAUAUAUACGACAAUGUAACUAAAAUGUGUAUAUUGGAAAGUAUAUAUGUAUAUAUACAUAUAAUAUAUAUUUAUAUGUAUGUUUUUAUUACUUUAUAAUAGUUUAAAUAAAAAGAUAAAAACAUGAUAACUAUAAAUAUAAUUAACAAUAAUGUAUACAAAAGGAAUAAUACUUUACACAAUGUAAAUAUAUUUUACGUAUAUGAUUUUAUAAUUUUUUUACAAUUUUAUAUUGUAAUACCAAUAUUAAGACCAUCAGUUAAAUGGUUGGAUAAAUAACUUAUGUCAUAUAUGUCACGAUCUUACGAUCUGAAUUAAUUUUGUAUGUACUGAGUACAUACGUAUACGGAUUUUUUUUUCCUUAUGCAAGUAUACGUUUUUG